AUCGUUUCAUGUCGCAUUUGGCCUGUCGGAGCGGUUCAUUCAUUUCUAUUUCGCCUUCGAUCGAGUGUUUAGUGAAUUGUCGACGUCGUGCGCUGUGCGAAUCGGGAAAAUCGGAGUCUUCGUCGUUGAGAUUGUGAAAUGCCAAAAUGUUUUGUUUUGUUCUGGCCGCGAUCCGUUGAAAAGAUUUGACUCAAAUGAAAACUUUCGAGGUUGGUUCGAUUUUCGCAGUCGUCCAAGUGUAGAGGAUUUUGUUGGAAAUUGUCGGGAAAACCUGUAGUUGGUCUUGCGCUUCCGCUUUGCAAUUUGCAUUGGUUUGUCUCGCGGUUUUUGCAGCUUCAUUGGAUUCGGGUGGAGUUUUGAGUGGUCUCGUUUUCUUGUCUGCUGUCGGGGCCAGUGCGUUGUCAAGUGUUUUGGUGUCGUUUGCCUUGUGAACGGGAGGACUCGUAAUCAUCCAUCGAACGGCAGAGAGGAUUGGGCCGGAAAGCAAGAAGCCGCCCGUCGCGAGCUCGUCCAAAAAGUCCGAGGAAAUCAACCUCAAGUCGGCCGAGUAAAAGGUGAAAAAAAGAAGGUACGGGAAUUUGGGGCGUCUCUGGCUCUUCGGUGGCUGGUUUUCGAAAGCAGUCAUCGCCUCGCGUACUUGGUCACGGAAUUUGUGUAUUUUCGGUGGAGCGUGUGUGCACGGCGGCAGGGAGGCUGGUGCGAUUGCAUUUCGGUGUAAUUAAUUGGCGGAGUGGACACGGACCACGUUGGCCAGCGAACAAGGAAGAGGUGUGUAGCCCAUUGGACGGGAAGCAAGCGCAUUCCGAUCAUUCGGACGGGAACCGCAAAUUUUCUCUCUAGAAGAAAUUGAAAAAUUGCAAGAAAAGCUGCUUUUUCUCUUUGCCCCUUCUGGAAAGGAGGGAAAGGAAAAAUCGUCGCCGUCGUCGUUGCAGCGCUCUACUUGAUAUUUUUCUUCUCCGCGUUGUCAAUGAUAAUAAAAGUAUCAAUUAAAGCUGGCUUUAAAAAUCUUUACCCAUUGUCUGGAUAGUAAAGACAAACAGAAAAAGAUCCAAUUGAAUAUCGUACAUGAUAGCUCUCCAUGUGCAACAAUGGACAGAAGUGUGGAUUCGAUUGGAAGUUGCUCCCUAGACGUUGAUGCCGAUUCAACAGAUUUCUCAGACACGAGCGGAAGUCUAAAUUUAGCAACACCAUCAUCCGGAAAGGAUAUUCCACGCGAGUUUACAUCAAGGAUAAAGGAGCGUUGUCAGAUCACGACCCAAACCCAGAUCAAUUACAACUGUCACCAGCAAACAUCGGCUAUCCUAGACUUGAAUUCUGGGAAGAUUAGUACGAUAGUGUCGCCAGCUUGUAUCGUUGAAUCGCCGCUUGGCAGCCCCGUGAAGAAGCCUAGCUAUCUGAAUUUAGCUUGUUGUGUCAAUGGUUACUCGAACUUGACCACCUAUGAUUCAAAAUUACGGCAAAACAUCAAUAAAUCUCGAGAGGUAUCACCGAUUCGACCAGCAACAAAUAACAACUUACCAUCACAAAAUCAUAGGCUUUCGGGUAACUUUCUAGCGGUGCCGCUAACAUCGUACGGUCACAAAUCAGCAUCCUCGUCGCCGUCCUCGAGGGAAGGAGCAGCGAUGGAGAAUCGACACAUUUUCACCCAGGUCCAGAACGUAGACACAACCGACAAUGUCGGAAGUGAUAUAUAUUUUAAAUCAUCUAAAUUCAUAAGUACCACAAAUCUGAAGGGUGACCUCCAUGAAAAUGACACAUCGAAAACGACGAAGAGUUUCAUACAGCAGCGGGUGGAACGGCUGUAUGGUCCCGGUGCUCUGGCGCAAGGUUUCUACAGUCCGAAAAAGACACGGAGUCAGGAGCUCUCGAUUCUUUCGGAACGUUCGUCUAAUUCACAAGUGAAAUUCUCAUCGUCUAAAACGAUAACGACCUUCGAACGUGAAAUCACAUCGUCGUCAACGACAAUAAAUGGUAAGACCACGAUGACAAGUUCUUCGAGCUUAGACCGAACGACGGUUAGUCAAGGAACCGGCAACGAAAACUGUGAGAACAUCCAAAACGGUGGCGGACUAUGUGACCUUCCGGUCCUACGACAUUUAAGGCCUGAAUUUCGUGCUCAGUUGCCUAUCAUGUCGCCAAAACGCUCACCUAACAAAUUCUCACUAAACGAGUCAAGUUCAUGUCCCGUUUUGCAAAACGGUACCAGUGGACUGCACAUCAAUGGGGCCAGUAAUGGGAAUGGGAAUUUAAGUGUGAACUGUAAGGUCGAUGGAAACGAUAAACAGAAGACGGGAACGGCAAUUACUGUCCAUUAUAUCGCUGACACAGAAACUCCCAAGAAACAUUCAAGUCAAAUGAAUGGAAGUGCGAACAAUAGCCUAACAUCUGAUGGGAAAAUUAUCGCUCCGAAUUCAACGCCGGCGGUGGGAUCCGCCGAUAAAUCGUCAUCUGAUAUCAAAAUAUUGUCAGAAAAACUUACGCAAGAGAAAAGUGAAUGUGAUAAGCUAUCGUCAUUGAAGCAACAGUCGCUGGACACAGAAGCAACAGGUAAAACGUGUCAGAGUGGAAUCAAUGCCAUGACUGUGGAAGUGACUCAUUCUUCGCCAAAUCUUACGCAUGACAUCCCGGACAAAUCGGCAGGACCUUUGCUCGUACCAGUCACUGCUCCUUCACAAACAACCGACAAAUACUCAGAGGAAAGUGGUUGCAGUAGCAACAAUGUGUCUACCGUGCGCGACGGCAACUAUUUUCUUCAAAUACUUAAGACUGAACAGGAUCGUCUCCUAGCAUUGGCCGAUCAGGCAGAGAAGGAAUUAGAAACAUUAUUAGCGUCUUCUACAUGUUCUUCAACGACUACUGCUACGUCAACGGUGGAGGUGUCGGAUGAUGUUUUGGGUUACCUUCGAUCGGCAUCAGGGAAAGCACGCUUACUAGUGUCGCAAAAGAUGAAACAAUUUGAAGGUCUAUGUAGAAAUAAUUUGAAUCAGUUACCAGACGAGAAAUUCCCAACAACAAAUGAAGACCUGCAAGGAUUCUGGGAUAUGGUCAUGUUACAAGUAGCACACGUCGAUUCGCUUUUUAAAGAAAUCGAAACUCUGAAAGCGAACAAUUGGAAGAAACCAGUGCAACAAGUUCCUAGUGCACCGCAAGGUUCAAAGCUUACACGUAGGCCGAACACCGCAAAGUCAUCAUCCAGCUCCACCAAUGCUACAACAACCAAUGGCAACGCAGCUGCAGCUAAAAAGACGAACGCUUCGAGUUUAGCGGCACAGCGGCGUGAAGCGCAACGCAAGCAACUGAUGGAGCUGAAGCGCAAGAACAAGCUGGCCAUGUCUGCAGGCGAACAGCAGCAACCCAAUCAAAAUCAAGUGGUAGAAAUUUUUGUAAACGAGCAAUCCAAUAGCUGAUUAUCGAAAAUUAUUUGGUACAUUGUAUUUAAAGUGACUAAACAACAAGAAAGAUUACUAUUUAUACCACUUUUCCAUGAUUUUCUUCUCUUCUUCAGAAAAAAACAAGAAAUUUUCUAGAUUUUAACCGAACCAUGGAACGAAAUUUGUGGCUUUCCAAGAGUUUUAUUUCUAUUCUUCCUUUCAAAAUUCUCUAUUGCUAGCGAGACUUAGGAGAAGAGCGAUAAAAUGACUACUUAUACAAAGUGAUUUAAUUGGUAACUGCGUUUUUUUUUACUAUUAUUAUAAUUACAACAAUUACUGCGCUUUUUCCCCUCAACACAAAAAGACAAACUUUUCUACGAUUACAGUAACAACAGAAGCAUAACCUAAAGUUCUGUAUGGUAUGAAAUUAUCAAUCUAGAAUAAUCUAUAUUUAAUGGUAAACUUGAGGACGUUAAAAAUGUUAGGAAGGAAAGCAAUGACGUAAAAUGAAGAACAAAGCAAACGUUAGACCUAGAAAAAAAGGCAAAAAAUUGAAUCAAACUUUCACUAAUUCAGUAAUACUUGUAGUGGUCCUUGCGAAUUGAACAUGAAAUUAAACGAAUUCAAAAUAUAGAAAAAAACCAACACAUAUAUAUUUAUAAAACGUGUAUGUAAAAGUUUCUCUCAGAUAAUGCAAAAAACGGAUUUAUUUAUUUUCAAGCAACUCCAGUGUCACACAGUCUCGAAUAAUUUAAAUGAUAAUAAAAGAAAUUUAAUGUUAACUGAUUGAUGAACGUAUUGGAAUUUAAAUAUAUUUCUAUGAUAUUGUUAUUAACAUAAAUUUAUUUAAAUAAAAACAAAAACCAAUUUUAAUAUUA